GAUCUAUCUCUUGCUUUGAGUGGUGUGUUAAGAUCUACUAUUAUUAUUUUGCUGUCAACUUCUCUCUCGAGUAUAUUAACUCUGGAAACCUGGAACAAUUGCUAGAUAGUGACCUGCAUUUACCCUGGACUGUAAGAGUGAAACUGGCCUAUGACAUAGCAGGAGGCCUCAGCUACCUUCAUUUCAAAGGCAUUUUUCAUCGGGACCUCACAUCCAAGAACUGCCUGAUAAAGAGGGAUGAGAAUGGUUACUCUGCAGUGGUAGCUGAUUUUGGCCUGGCUGAGAAGAUCCCUGAUGUCAGCAUGGGGAGUGAGAAGCUGGCUGUGGUGGGCUCACCCUUCUGGAUGGCACCCGAGGUUCUCCGUGAUGAACCAUACAAUGAGAAGGCGGACGUGUUUUCUUAUGGUAUCAUCCUCUGCGAGAUCAUCGCCCGUAUCCAGGCUGAUCCGGACUAUCUUCCCCGUACAGAGAAUUUUGGGCUGGACUAUGAUGCUUUCCAGCACAUGGUGGGAGACUGUCCUUCUGACUUCCUGCAGCUCACCUUCAACUGCUGUAACAUGGACCCCAAACUGCGACCAUCCUUUAUGGAAAUUGGAAAGACUCUGGAGGAAAUAAUGAGUCGUCUACAAGAGGAAGAACUAGAGAGGGAUGCAAAGCUACCAUCCACAGCCAAGGGACUGUUGGAGAAAGUACCUGGAGUGAAGCGACUGAGCUCAUUGGAUGAUAAAACCCAUCCCAAGUCUCCACGCCCAAGACGAACCAUCUGGCUAUCUCGAAGCCAAUCAGACAUCUUCUCCCAUAAGCCCCCACAUAUGGUGAAUGUCUCAGACCCCUAUUACCGGCCACAACGAAGUGGUACUGCACACCCCCCCAAAAUCAACCCUUUCAGUGCUCGCCAGGACCUCAAGGGUGGCAAGAUCAAGCUAUUUGACUUGCCCAGCAAGUCUGUCAUCUCCUUGGUAUUUGACCUGGAUGCACCAGGAUCUGGAACUAUGCCCCUGGCUGACUGGCAGGAGCCACUGGCCCCACCUGCUCGCCGGUGGCGCUCUUUGCCUGGGUCACCAGAAUUCUUGCAUCAAGAGACCUGUCCAUUUGUGGACCGAGAAGAGUCACUCUCUGGUGGGCCUCCACCCCUGCUCAGUAGUCUCAAGUACAGAGUAAGAGAGAUCCCACCAUACCGAGCACCUGCCCUACCAGCUGCUCCAGCCCAUGAGAAUAUGGACUGCACUGGUUCCCAGGAAGAAAAUGGUUUUGGACUUAGGCCCCAGAGGGCCAGUCCACACCUUCAAGGUGCCUCUGAAGAGAUUAAUGUAGAAGAAAGGCCAAAAGGUUUGGCUUCAAACCUCUCUGUCUCAGGCAUAGGUCUGAAAACACAGGGAGAACAGGAUGGGUGAGCCAGGUGAGUUCUGGACUCUCCCAGGGUAUCAACCUCCAGCUGAAGCCAUAGGAUCCCCUUAGUGUACAGCCUUGAUGCUUCCUGGAAGCCAGAACCCACAGAACCAAUUCCACUUCAACUUUGGGGUUCUCAGUGCCCAGUGGCUGUGUAUGAGAGGGGAGACAGCAGUAAGAAGUCCUCCUAGUUAGGGCCAACAGCUGAUACUAAGCCUCUGAAAUCCAAUAAGGAGCCCUGGCUCCCACCAAGACCCCAUGCACACCCCCAGACAGAAUCAGAGGAUUCCUAGUUCUAGUUUGUACUGGCAAGCAACUGCUACCCCAGAUUUGUCUUCUAUCCCAGAGGUCUGUCUUUUGCCUUUUCAUAGGGCAUAUAAGCUGUCAGACAGAACCUGUAGCUAACCAGGAGGCCUUAGGACAUGGUUAGUUCUGAGACUUGAAGACUGGGGUGCUUCUUGUCAGUAUGUCUAAGACACUUGAAUAAUUGCUGUUUGCACUUACUGCUCAGUCAGACCACACCACUACAAUUCUAUGCAAGGGGAGGGGGAGGGUAAGACAGCGUGUGGUCUUGGCUCUUAGCUAACCUAUUCAAAGAUUGUUCCCAGUUGAUUAAUCUAUUUUUCGUAUUUAUGAAGGUGUCAUAAUGCUCUGCCCUGUAUGACUUUCAACCUUGUGGUUGGGAGUGGGGCUGGUUUUGUAGGCCUUAGGGCCUGCUCUAUGUAUUUGUCAACAGGUGAUACACCCAGCUGGUUAAAUAGUUUAUAAAUGGACUGAUUUUUAUGGCUGGUGCUAUGGAAACAGUCUUCUUACAAAGUCGCAAUAAGAAAUAACCAAAGAUGAAGCUGGUCAACAUUUUCAUAACUUGUUUCUGUUGAUUUUUUGUUUUUUUGUAAAAAUUUCCCAAGAUACUUCCAGAUUUAAAAUUUAAUAAAGAUGGUGUUACAGG